GAACGUGGGAAGAUACGGUUGGCUGACAGCUCCUCGUCCUCGUCCUCGUCACCAUGAUGGCUGCGUUGGCGCCAUCACCUGCAGAAGUACGUGCAUUGUUCCGCUCGUUUAUGAAAGCGGGGAAGCGAUUUGCGAGUUACAACAUGAGGGAGUAUACGAAGAGACGCGUACGAGAAGGGUUCAGAGAGACGCAGAAUUUGCAGGACCCUGGUGCUCGAGCACAGGCAUUCGCGAAAGGGAAGAAGGACUUGGAAGUCGUCAAAAGACAAUCUAUCCUCUAUUCUCUCUACAGUCCACCUGUGAAAUCCAUCAUGGAGUUGCAUCCUUCGUCGUCAUCGGCGUCGUUGGCAGCAGCAGCAGCAGCGUCAUCGGCAUCAAAGUCAGCCACAGUGUCGUCAUCCUCAUAACUGCUUGCAUCCUGAUUGAUGAAGGGAUUGCUUGCUCUAAUGCAUUGGUUUCGCUUUCACCAAUCUUUGGAUUUGACGGUCUGACCUUAUCUGAUCUUAUCAGUCUGAUCCCAUCCGGUCUCAUCCUGAUCUGAUCUGAUCUGAUCUUAUCAGUCUGAUCCCAUCCGGUCUGAUCUGAUCUGAUCUGAUCUGAUCUGACCUGAUCUGAUCUGAUCUGACCUGACCUGAUCUUAUCAGUCUGAUCCCAUCUGGUCUCAUCUGAUUUGCUCUGCUCUGCUGGAGGGCCUGUUUGCUGCUUGCUAAACGUGUUAUUUUUAGCACUUGGAUGGAUAGGGGUCGGACUUCUCUGCGGCUUGCUAUUUUUAGCGUUUCGCAUCGAAAGAGAAUGACGUGUCAAUGCACAGAAUGUAUAUGAAGAAGAGAAGAUGCACAGCGGAUAAAAUUUGUUGUUUACGGAGUUUGUGUUGUGAACAUUUCGGUGCAGCACCUCGGGCCGUGGGGUAAAAUUUCUGUAGUAGUAGUGUGUUGCUGUGGGAAAUGGCUUCGCAUCUGAGUAGUUUUCUUGGGAGUUUCGAUGAAGCAGGACACUGGUUUCACUGGUUGAGGUGCUAGAAUGUUUGAGCGUUUUGAUAGGGUGGGUUCAAAUGCUCUCUUUGCUGCUGUUGCUGUUUUUAGAUUCUGGAUCGGAAGAGGAUGAGGUGGCAAUGCCCGUAUUAUAUCUGAAAAGAGGAUCACAGAGACACAAGAAUUGCCAUCAGAAGAGUUUUUAAAUGGUGGAAAGUUUUGCAGUGCAGCAGCCAGCUUGCUCGGUGGCAUGAUUCCUGUAGCAGCAGCAGAUCGCCCGCCGCGGUACAUAUCUGUACGCAGCAUUAUGGCACAGUGCCAUUUCUGUUUAGCAGUAGGUUCACCCUCCGCCUUGGUAAUGCGCCGCUCGUGCUCAGAGAUAGUGAAAGUAGUUACAGCAAUGGUUUUUGACUGUUUAUUUCGAACUUUCUAUGGAGCAGCAGCACAUCCGGCUGUGUUAUACUCUUUUGCUACUUCAGUUGGGGCACACCUCAUGCUAUGCACCACAGCAAGCACACCGUGCUAUGCAGCACAUCAAGCACAGCGUGCUAUGCUGCAACCACAUCGUGCUAUGCAGUCGGCACAGCACGUCGUGCUAUGCAGUCGGCACAGCACACUGUGCUCUGCACAUCGUGCUAUGCAGCAGCACAUUGUGCUAUGCAGCAGGCACAUCAUGCUAUGCAGCAGGCACAUCAUGCUAUGCAGCCGCACAUGGUAGGUAGUUGCUGUUAUAUAGUUACGGGAAACAAACGUUGUGGUAGUUACUGUGUAUUUUCUGCGGUAACUAGUGCAUUUGGUAAUUACUAAUUAGUAAUUACUAAUCACCACAUUGUGUCAAUUAGCUUGUCCUGUGUUUUUAGGUGGUGUUGUGCAGAGUCUGCAGACAUACCUCUCAUGUGCAAAAUUCGUGUGC